AUGACCACCUACCUUCAGUACCACGCUAUCUCUCAAGAAAUCCAAAACAUGCCGCAAAUGGCCCUUGAAUCCGUCUCGUACGGAAUAUGGAACGCCAUCCUGUCCGUGCAGUUUCCUGUUCCCGAUGGAUACAUAGUCCGUUCCCAAGACCGUCACACCCCCCAGCCUGGCCGACACGGCUAUUCAGACUUCCAUGUCUUCCAUUAUCGCGCUAAUGCCACCAACGCGGUAAAAUUCCUCAUUGUUCAAUGCAAGAGGCCUGGCACCGAAAACUGGGACUCUGUUUGGGCAACAGCCGUGGAUCAAUUGAAUGAGUACUUAAGCGCCACACACGGUAACCGUCCGCCGGCAGCUCGGUCUCCAGUCUACGGAAUAGCUGCUGUUGGCAGAGCGACGCAAUUUUACAAGUACAAUGACAUCAAACAAGAGGUUUCUCCUUGGAAACUACGCGGUAUGCGCAAGGAUGUCUUGGAUUUGAAGGGCGAUGCAGUGAGAAUCCAGCAGAUGCUGGAUCACAUACGCGAUAACCACUAG